AUGUAUUCAGUCAAGGAAUCACGAAACACGGUGCACAUGUCUGAUGUAAUAGUAGAGGAUUGCCUUCUCUCUGCUCCAUGUAUUCGUUCAAGGAAUCAAAACACCUUGUUCAUGAUAUUUGUUACUCUUACAGAUCUACGUGUGAAGGAAAGAUGCUUUGAGCAGAGAGAAGCUCUUCCUGGGGAGCCUCGCUGUGUUAUAUGUGGUCGAUACGGGGAAUAUAUAUGUGAUCAGACUGAUGAUGAUAUCUGUAGUGUGGAAUGCAAGACUGCUCUUCUUGCUAGAAUUGCCGCUGAAACAAAGAUACCAGUAAAAGCACCAGCACGCAUAAAAGUUCCGUUUGGUGAUGAGAGCUUCUGUGUCCGAGACAAUAAUUUUCCCGAUAUACCGAGUUUGCAUGCCAGCCAGAUCGUUUCACUGAGAAAUAAACUUGACAUUUGUGUCAAGGGUGAGGCAAUUCCUGAUCCAAUCAUGUGUUUCUCUUCCUGUGGUCUUCCUGAGAAGCUUGUGCACAAUCUUGAUGCUGCAGGGUAUACCAUGCCUACUCCGGUGCAGAUGCAAGUCAUCCCUGCAUCAAUAAGUAAUAGAAGCCUACUUGUCUCUGCAGAUACUGGUUCAGGGAAAACAGCUUCUUUUCUAGUUCCUAUAAUUGCACAUUGUUCACGGAGAGAGCUGCAGCAAUGUGAAAGCAAGCGUGGGCCCUUGGCUAUAGUCCUUGCUCCAACUAGGGAGCUAUGCCUACAGGUGGAGGAUCAAGCAAAAGUUCUUGGAAAGGGUUUACCAUUUAAAACUGCUCUAGUUGUUGGUGGAGAUCCCCUGGCUCAGCAAAUAUAUAGAAUUGAAAAUGGUGUCGAGUUAAUUGUGGGCACCCCAGGAAGACUAAUUGAUCUUCUGAUGAAACACAAUGUUGACCUUACAGAUGUUUCUGUGUUUGUUCUGGAUGAAGUGGACUGCUUGCUAGAGAGAGGAUUCAGAGAUCAGGCCAUGCAGAUCUUUCGUGCACUCUCAUGUCCACAGGUUAUGAUGUUUUCAGCAACAAUACAUUCAGAAAUUGAGAAAUUGUCAAACUCACUGUCGAACAACAUGAUACAUAUUUCUUGUGGGAACCCAGGUAAACCAAAUAAAUCAGUUAGACAAGUGGUAAUUUGGGUGGAGUCUAAGCAGAAGAAGCAGAAGAUUUUUGAGAUAAUAAAAAGUAAGCAGCACUUUAAACCUCCUGCUGUUGUAUUUGUGAGUUCCAGAGUUGGUGCCGAUCUCUUGUCUGAAGCCAUUACUGCUGCUACUGGGUUGGAGGUUAUUUCUAUUCAUGGUGAGAAAACAAUGGAAGAGAGAAGAGAAAGAUUGAGACGGUUUCUCACAGGAGAAGUAUCUGUUGUUGUUUGUACCGGGGUCUUGGGACGUGGAAUGGAUCUUCUGAAAGUACAUCAAGUGAUUUUGUUUGACAUGCCAAAUUCCAUUGAUGAAUAUAUUCACCAAGUUGGAAGAGCGUCUCGGAUGGGUAAGGAGGGCGUGGCUAUUGUCUUUGUGAAUGAGGAAGAUAGGAAACUUUUUGGAGAGCUUGCUCAGGUUCUGAAGACUGCAGGAGCUCCAAUUCCUCGGGAACUCUCUAAUUCAAAAUUCACCAGCAGUAUUUCUCUUGGCACUGACAGGAAGAGAAAACUGAGUUCUCGGGCACAUUCUUGA